AUGGAAGGUCAUCAAGAGCAAUACUAUCCACCUCCAUCAACAUUGUCAUCACUACCAUUAUUGCCACCCCACCCUUCCUACCUUUUCCCAUCCUCCUCAACCUCAAUGAACCCUCCUCUUCCAGAGCCUCAUCAUCAGCAGCAAGCCCAGCUUCCAGACAUUGACUGGAUCAGCCUUCUCUCUGGUCAUCAUGAUCAUCAGAUUAAUAAUAAUGAGCCUGCUGCUAUGGUGGAGGUUAAUAAUAAUGAAAAUAAUGUUAUUGAAGCUGCUCAGGAAGAAAAGGGUAGCAAUAAAAGGAAAGGUGGUGAGGGCAGGAAAAUUAGUGUGAUGAAAAAAGCGAGCAGGCCUAGGUUUGCCUUCCAGACUCGGAGUGCCGAUGAUAUUCUUGAUGAUGGCUACCGCUGGAGAAAAUAUGGGCAGAAAGCCGUCAAGAACAGCUUGUAUCCCAGGAGCUACUAUCGAUGCACACAUCACACAUGCAGUGUGAAAAAGCAGGUUCAGAGGCUAUCAAAGGACACAAGCAUCGUCGUUACAACUUAUGAAGGAGUUCACAAUCAUCCAUGUGAGAAGCUGAUGGAAACCCUUACUCCUCUUCUCAAGCAAAUGCAAUUUCUCUCUAGGUUCUAA